CUCUCUCUCUCGUCGCCAGCGGCCAGACACGUCGAAGAAGGUCGUCGAGGCGUCGGCACCCCGCCGCCCCCGCCGCCCCCGAGGGGGAACCGCAGGGGUAAUCUCGACUCCCCCUUCUUAUCUUGGCUCCCCUCCCCCCUACCAUUUGAUCUGCUCGCCGCGGUCUUCCUCCCCCAGUCGCAGCGGCGGCGGCAGCAGCCGUCGCCGUCUCCGCUGCCCGGCCCCGCGCCGGGUCGAGGGAGGGGAGCGCAGCGGACCGGGACGCGGGAUGAGUCUUUUCGGUCUCGGACGCGAGAUGUCCGAGUACCAAAAUGUCGUUGUUGGGGGGAGGCUCAAGCUGAAGGGCAAAGCACUGGAUGUCAAGGAAGGUGGAAUCAAGAAAAAGAAGAAGAAGCAGCACCGUGAGGAGUCGUCUCAGAUUGGGCGUGAUGAACUUCAGGAAGGUGGAAGCUCUGAAUUGACAACCGAUCCUAACAGUGAGCUGAUUGAAGCUGACAAGAUGGGAGAGGAGGAAGGGAACCCACAUCCUGACUACGACCACCUCACACCAGCCGAGCGACGCUACAUGGAACAGAAGCAAAAGAUUGAUAUGCAGAAGCUGGCCAAAGUUGCCAACAAAUCGCACAGGGACCGGAUCCAGGACUUUAACCAGUACUUGGCAAACCUUAGCGAGCAUUAUGACAUCCCAAAAGUUGGUCCCGGUUAACAUGGCGAAAGUGCCGUGGUUCACAGAAACAGUUGUAUGCUUGGCCUAUCAAGACUUCUGUUUCAUGUUAUGCGUUAUCAGUAUGUUGUAAAACAAAUUGGUUGUCAUUGUGUAAACUAUUUUAUUUCAAAACCAUGUUCCAAACGUUAGGCCAUAUUUUUUCUUUGGAAACAAGCAUUGGCCAAUUGGGUCCA